UGGCAGCCUGGCUGCCCGGGGCACCAGCCUCUCUCCGGGACACCAUGCGGCUGCUCCUCGGGCUCCUGCUGGCUGCCGCCCUGAGCCUGGAGCUGGCCCAAGCCUUGAUGUGUCACCAGUGCAAGGACUUCGGAGGGUGCACCCGUGCGUUCAGAUGCCCACGGAACUCCAACUACUGCGUCACCAUCGCCACCCGGGUCCCCUUUAGCCUCAUCGACAUGCCUAUGGUGACCAAGUCGUGCCAGACCAGAUGCCCCGACAUCUCUACCCUGGGCCUCGGCCCCCACGUGUCCAUUGUCUGCUGCCAGUACAGCCUCUGCAACCAUGACUGAGCGCCCCUCCACCCGCAGCCGCUGCCCCUGCUCACAGAGCCGAUGCCGCGCCCCGGCCCCCAGGCAGACCCUGCUCCCCCCGCAGCUGAGAUGGGGCCCAGGGGCCGGGGGGCGCU